AUGCCUCAGAAAGAGUUUCAUAGAUCCCACUUGAAGAGUGCAAGCCUUGCUUUAUAUUGGAGGUAUAACACCUUCAAUUCCAAUGAAAUGAAAUUACAGAAUACUACUACUUCAUCAAGUACCAUGAACAUCAAAUUAAUUAGAUUGCACCUUCAGGCCAUAAAUAUUAUGGUGAAGCCAACAUACAAGACGAGGAAGGCAUCGCACCAGACCAACACAAAGGCUCAUGUUCGCUGGUUAACAGCUUCGGAUGGCCGUAGUUCGGGCGACUAUAAAAUUCAUAAGGAGUCCACACUCCACUUCGCGUUGAGGCUUGGUGGUGGCAGGCAGAUUAUUGUUAAAACCCUUACUUGGAAGACAAUAACCCGUGAAGGUGAAAGCUCGGACACCAGCGAUAAUGUUAAAGCUACAGUUCAGGACAAGGAAAGAAUCCUACCAGACCAGGAGUCAACUUUGCACAUCGUGCUGACGUUGCGGGUAGGCAUGCAGAUUUUUGUGAGGACUCUAACAGGAAAAAUCGUCAGUUCGUGUUGA